GUGCUGUUGGAGCCGUUAGAGCGGAGCAGCCGGUUGCUAGUGCACUGGUUACGUCUUUGUUUACACCAGUAAACUACAAAAAACACAGCGUUUACAAUAAACGACUCCAGAAGCGAUGACCGCUACAGCACCCUGAUGAUGGUGAUUCCUGCUGUUCCACUGCAUCGGUCAUGGGGUCUGUGGAUGGUCUUCUCCCUCCAGAAUCGACCGUCACCUCACUGCUGGCCAGCUCCGGACGAAUGAAAAGCUCUCUGCACCCGGAACCAGUCCGUACCAUUAAAUACAAAGACAGAAAUUAUGAAUCGGCCUCUGAAGCGCUGGACGCUUACAUUGCGGAUUUCCAGAGGGGCCUGCGGACCACGGACGCCUCCGUAGGGCAGCUGGAGCUUCCAAAGGAACCGGCCACUUCUCGUCUGCACCGAUACAGAAACAGAGAUGUGCUGAAGGAGAGCUUGACAGAAGGAGAGCUGGACUUUCUGAAGCUUCCCGUUAGCCCGAAGCCCAGAGACUCCGACCGCCUCAGCAUGACAACCGACGACCUCCUGCUUCUGCCGUCCGACGGCUCGCUUCCCGUGACUCGCACCUCAGCCUUCCUAUCCCAGUCUGGACACUACCCGCUGAGACUGAGCUUUAACUCUAGCUCCUGGUCUCGUUCGAGACCUUGUCGUGCUCCAAGAAGUUCAUUCCAUCAACCCCCUACACCGAAGACUCCUUCAAGAGCUUCUGGACAAAACAGGCCACUAUGUGUGGAUGACUUGUUGUCAGGCAGGUCAAGAACUGGGCGUGGAACACUCCCUCCCAGCUCUUUUCUAACCACAAAAAGGGAUACUCCAGGCUCUCUGGCAUCCCACCACCUCCCCAGAUGGAUGACGAGUCACAAGUCGGAGAUGGACUUUUCUGGGGUGACUAGCAUUCCUGACCUGAGGUAUCCCGCCUGGCUCAAGGACUGUGACAUUCCAACAGAAACUACGUCUGGUGCUCUAGCUGUUCCCUCUUGGGUCAACGAGCUGGAGGAAAACACUGAUGAAGGUCAGCAGGACCCUAAAGGUCACAAAAAAGGCAGCAACCAGGACGCACUCAGGGAGCUGAGGCUGCAGUUUGCAGAGACGUUAGCAGCAGCUGAAAGCGGAGAAAGCAGACACGCCAUCUAUGACAAGGGGCAACCCUUCAGAGGUGACAAGAUUGGCUCUCUGAUCCAGAGGGCAGAGCAGGUGUUGAACUCCCCAUCUCUUGGUCUCUGUGGUACAGCCAAGGAGCAGCAUGGCAGUCCAGGAAGCACAGAGCUUCUGGAGGCUGAUCGCUCCUGGGACAAUCCUCCAGUGACAUUCAAGUCUCCGGUACCAGUAGGGGAUCCUGAAGAACAACUAACCACUGAAGAAUCUCAGAAAGAUACAACAGAGAAGUCGAUAGGCUCCUCAUCAGGCUACAGCAGCAGGAAGCACCAUGGACCUGUUGAGGCCCUCAAGCAGAUGCUGUUUAGCCUUCAGGCCGUGGAGCAGAGGGUGAUGCAGCAAAAAGAGACAGAGCCACACAGCAUGGCUAGCGUUCCAAACCCACGGACUCCGAUGACGAACAGGGAGUUUAAGGAGGUUCCUCAACCAGAUUCAGACGAUUAUGAUUCAGCUCCUGGUGGGGAGUCGUUGCAGAGAGCUCUGCAUCACCUCGGAAGACUGAAAAGCCUCGUGGAUGAAAUGAACGAGAAGAAGACCAGGGGACUGCAGCAGAGGGGGGAUGCUGGACAAAGCUAACUGCUUUUGGUUUUCACAGAGUCCCUGAUGGAACUGAUGAAGGGUUUGCUGAUGAGACCCAGGUGAGUUAGAGAGGAGGAGUUGCCACCUGCCGUCCUGCAGCCUGCACUGCUAAAUAAAGCAGAUAAAGAGUUGCCAAAAUGAAGAAACAGCACAGCGUGACAUUAUUAUAUGCACAGUGCCUUAUGAGUUCUCGAGCACAAAAAGUUUCAUGAUAUUAAUAAAGUGCAAUUAGUUCAAAAAGUGACCUUA